AAAAACUAAUAGAAAAUCCUUUCACAAUAAACCAGAAAAAUAAUAAUCAAAGAAAUGGCUGAGAAGAAUGGUGAAGUACAAGAAAUCAAACACCAAGAGGUUGGCCACAAGAGCCUUUUGCAAAGUGAUGCUCUUUAUCAGUAUAUACUUGAGACCAGCGUAUAUCCCAGAGAGCCAGAAUCCAUGAAAGAACUUAGGGAGGUGACUGCUAAGCAUCCAUGGAAUCUAAUGACAACAUCAGCAGAUGAAGGUCAGUUCUUGAACAUGUUGUUAAAAUUGAUAAAUGCAAAAAACACCAUGGAGAUUGGAGUAUACACUGGCUACUCCCUUCUUGCUACCGCCCUUGCUAUCCCCGAAGACGGAAAGAUAUUGGCAAUGGACAUUAACCGAGAAAAUUACGAAAUUGGCCUUCCCAUAAUCGAAAAGGCCGGUGUGUCACACAAGAUUGAUUUUAGAGAAGGCCCUGCUUUGCCUCUUCUUGAUCAAUUACUUGAAGAUAAAAACAAUCAUGGCACAUAUGAUUUCAUAUUUGUGGAUGCUGACAAGGACAACUACAUCAACUAUCACAAAAGGAUUAUAGAAUUAGUGAAAGUUGGUGGUUUGAUUGGGUACGACAACACCCUAUGGAAUGGCUCUGUGGCUGCACCAGCUGAUGCACCGAUGAGAAAAUACGUAAGGUAUUAUAGAGACUUUGUAUUGGAACUUAACAAAGCCUUAGCAGAAGAUCAGAGGGUCGAGAUUUGUAUGCUUCCUAUUGGUGAUGGCAUUACCCUGUGCCGCCGUAUCAUCUGAUCAUUUUACACAUUCUUCUGUUUUUUUUUUAA